GCAAGACUUUUCUUUAUUAUUGAGUCAAGAGAGCAGGCUUGACAAAUGCUCUUCCAACUUGCUCACCACGCAGAUAGGGUCUUCUCUAUACUUAUUCUACCGCAUCUCUCUUUGACACGGUAUUCAUUCAUCAAAGCCAUGAAUCUCAAAGUAGCCAUUGCUUUCUUCUCCUACAUUCCCCUCGUUGGUCAUGCCCUCAGGUGCUUACUUAUUUCGUCUGAUGAUCAAGAGACAGUGUCUGGAGGUGAGAAGACUGAUCCUGCAGUAAGCAGCAACAAAGUUGCCCAGAAACAUUUUCAACAACUUCAACACAUACGUGCAGCUUGAUUAAUUAGCUUCUGAUUUGUAGUUUCUUUGAAGGAGUAUGCUUGAAUUCAGAGCCUGAUCUUGAAUAAGAAUCAAGAUAUAAAAAAGUUUUGUAUUGACUUGUUGGGCUUAAUAUUGUAUGUUUGCUAUGCUUUCUAGUAAUUAGAUGAGUGUUGUUAUGAGUUUAAACUAGUACAAA